UGUGCAUCACCCCAUUACUGGCGACCAGCACCGCAUAGAAGUUCCUUGGGAGUUCCGUCAGAAUGAAGUGGUUGCUAAUAUCAAUGGCGCGGUGCUUUGCACGGGCAUGGCGGAGAACAAGGGCCACAUACAUGGUGCGUGCCGCUCAAGCCCCUUUAAAAUCGUUUUGGUGCGCGCCUAUACGGCCUACUCGGCCAAGAGGGAUCUUACUUAUCAUAUGGCCCACGCAUGUGUGUACUCGUCAAAGACUCGAACCUGGGGCAAAGAUGUCUCGGCACUGCUACCAUGUGACAGUUACAUUCCUGGUCACCAUAGCGUCUUUGCUGGUAAUGCCCUUUACUGGUAUCUUCCUGGCUAUAUACUAAAGUUUGAUAUGGGCAUGGAGAGCCUACGUGUGAUUCGGAAACUUCCUGUUGCGAAAGAUUGCUACGAUACAAGCCAUAUUAUCCGCUCAAAAGGUGGCGGUGUUGGCAUUGCUUUUUUGUCAUACCCUACCUUUCAAGUGUGGGACAUGAAGAAUUUCAAGAAAAAAAACAAUUGUCAUGGUGGAACUAGAUGGGCGCUGCGGAAGCCUAUUAGUCUUGAGCUAGGAUGUGGGAGUGGUAUAAGGAUGAAGCAAGCUAUAGUGGGGUAUGACGAGGACGGGCAUCAAAUCUUCUUUCGAGUGGGGAGCAAUAUCUUCAUUGUCGAACUUGUAUCAAUGAAGUCCAGUAAACUAUGGAGAAGCUAUUCUACACACAAAUAUCAUCCUUACACGUGUUACUAUACUGCAGCCCUCGAAACUUCUGCUGAUAAUGCAAGUAUGACAUACGGUGGAGACCAAGAAAAUACUGCUCAAGGAGGAAGCGUGCAAAUUUAAGCGGGUGCCAGUGUCUAUGUGUGUAUAGAUUGAACUUGAGUAUUUCAUUAAGACAAACAGAUGAGCCAUCUAUUUAUAAAGAAGUUUGAUUAGUCUAAAGUUUGGAAAGUUUGGAAUGCUACAAGUUCAGCAAGGACCCAA